AUGCAAUUUGAUACGAUGGUGUUAGCUAUUGCCACUGCUAUCUUUACCUUGGGGUUUGGGGUAGGUGCUACUGGCUCAAAGCCAGGUUGUCCGGUUGGUCCAUUGCCAACUGUUGAUCUUGGAUAUGCAGUGCACCAGGCAACAAUAAACAGCAGCGGCAUUCCAACCUAUAGUUUCAAUAAUAUCCGCUACGCAGAGCCUCCGACCGGCGAGCUACGGUUCAGAGCUCCAAUUCCACCGAAGUCCGUUAAUCGUACAGUGAACAAUGGUCAGAACGACGUCAUAUGCCCCCAGGCCAGUCCAGCUUGGCUUGGAGUACAGAGCCAGAUGUUAGCUGGGGUUCCUGCCAGCGCACUCGUGAAUAAGUCGCACCCCGAAAAUGCCAAUAUCAAUAUCAGUAGCAUUCCUAGCCCAGAUUCCACAGUUUCAGAAGACUGCUUGUUCCUUGAUGUUAUGGUGCCGACUUCGGUUUAUAACAAUCGUUAUAAAAAAAAAGGUACGUCAUGUUCCAACCCCCCAGCUCUUCGUUUUUUUAUACGUGAUGUAAACUUUCUAAGUCGAGCAGUGCCUGUACUCGUUUGGAUUUAUGGAGGUGGCUACAUUAGUGGCAGUAAGACUAUCACAGGUUCUCCUGACGGCCUCAUAGCUCGUGCGAAAGGCGGAAUGAUCUAUGUUGCUAUGAACUAUCGUCUGGGUGUCUAUGGCUACCUCUCUGGCCCUACAUUCCAAGUUGAUGGCGAAGCUAAUGCUGGCUUCUAUGACCAAGAGCUUGCCCUGCAAUGGGUUCAAAAGUAUAUCUCAAAGUUCGGCGGAGACCCUGACCGGGUCACGAUCAUGGGGGAAUCUGCUGGUGGAGGCAGCGUGAUGCAUCAGAUCACAGCAUAUGGUGGCCUGAAGGGGAAAGUCCCUUUCAACCAGGCUAUCGCCCAGAGUCCUGGUCAAUUUCCAGUCACCAGCAAUGCUCAACUGGACAACGUUCUGCUCCUCACCUUUAAGUAUGCAUCCCUGGUUUCAGGGACGAACGUCACUACACUACAGCAGCUUCGGCGUCUGUCAGCGAGAGACCUCUAUAACACUAAUUAUCUCGUGAACUACCUGGCACCGUACGGCACUUUCCCAUAUGGGCCAGCCGUGGAUGGGAAAUUUGUUCCUAAGUUUCCCGCAGAGCUCCUUGCACAUGGUCAGUAUCCUAAGGGCUUGAACGUAAUGGUAGGGCAUAACUUAAAUGAAGGGGCCAUGUUCGCUAAUCCCUUUGUGUUCGCUGAAUCUGAUUUCGCCGCCGUUAUAAAAACUGCCUUUCCUGACGCGGAUGAAGCAGCCAUCGACCAUAUAGCUAACACUAUGUACCCUCCUGUUUUCGAUGGAUCAUACGGUUACACGACCCAAUUUGGACGCAUGUCCCUCCUGACCGGUGACCGAGCCUUUACCUGCCCCACGCGAUGGCUAAAUUUGGCCUUUAACAACAAGACGUUCGCCUACUACUUUACCAUGUCCCCGGGGUACCACGGUGUAGAUGUCCCUUACACCUUCUUCAAUGGCGAUACCUCUACCCUCGACCAAGGCUAUCCUGUCAACGCGACGGUGGCCUACGCCCUGCAGGACUACAUCACCAGCUUCACCAUGACUGGCUCACCUAACGCGGUUGUCCAGCCCUUCUUCCCCAUCUACGGCGCAAACUCGAGCACGCAGGUGUUGAGCCUCGAGAAUCUCGGUACGCAGGUCACGGAUACUGCAGCGAAUUAUCGGUGUGACUGGUGGCAAAAGAGCCUGUUCUAUUGA